GCCUUGGUCUUACCUGAUAGAGGACAACCCCCCUAUGCCAAAUCCAGCGGGCUCAGAACGGCCAAACUCAAGGAAAGCACACGACGUCAAAUCCCCCAACCGUACACAAGCCAACUGCCUUUAAACUCGCCAAUCACAACACUGAGGCGAAGAGGCGGGCCUGUAUCUUCGUUAAUUUUCUCCCCACUUGACGUAUACAGCGAUGUCUCGACGACCGCCUAACCCCGCGGCCGAAAGGGCGGCUAGAAAUCUAAUAACCAUCAAGAGCCUCCUCAAAUUGGAGCCCAACAAGGUAUGCGCCGAUUGCAAGCGCAAUAAACACCCGCGAUGGGCGAGCUGGAACUUGGGCGUCUUUGUCUGCAUCCGGUGCUCGGGCAUCCACCGUGGCAUGGGCACUCACAUCAGCCGUGUCAAGUCGGUUGACCUUGACUCAUGGACCGACGAGCAACUGCAGAGCAUUUUGAACUGGGGAAACGCGCGCGCCAACAAGUACUGGGAGGCGAAGCUGGCUCCCGGCCACGUGCCCUCCGAAUCCAAAAUCGAGAACUUCAUUCGGACCAAAUAUGAGCUCAAGAGGUGGGUAAUGGACGGUCCUAUGCCGGAUCCCGCAACUCUGGAUGCCGAAGCGGACGACGAUGUUCCUUUGAGUGUGGUCAAGGAGAAGCAGAACAUCGAGCACAGGGAACAGGCCCGCAAAGCCUCUGUUGGCCAGACUGCCGAUCCACGAUCAAUUGCUUCACCCCCUCUUGCGGAUCUCAUCGGGGGGGACCCAUUGCCGCUCAGAGCUAGUACGACAAGUCCGACGGUGACACAGGUUCCUCUUAAAUCUGAACUCGCUCCGCCAAAGGCAACUAGCACCAAGGACUCGCUUCUAGGGUUGGAUUUUAUGGGAGGCCAACCUUCUGCGCCUCCGCGGCCAGCGAGCACGACUGGCACACCUGGCGUUGGAAACCAGUCGCGCCCAGAUCUGAAGCAGUCGAUUCUUUCUCUUUAUGCGACCGCUCCGCGCCCCCAGCCGCCGGCUGCGUCGCAACAAGUCUCCCACGUUUCGUCGGGCUCGUUGAGCGGAAUGCCGUCUCCAACGGGCAUGAGCCAGGCGCCGAGUUCGUACGGAGGGCUCAAUGAUGCCUUUGGAAACCUCGGCUUUGGGAGCCCAGCACCUCCCAAGCCUCCCCAGAAAGAUGCCUUCGCGGGUCUCGGGAGCUUCUCGUCUCCUCGGCCGGCGCCUCAGUUUAAUAACUCGGCCUUCUCAAACCUAAGCGGCGGAAGCUUCUUCGACUCGAAACCCGCCGCGGCCGCUCACCAGCGACAACAGUCUAUCGGAAAUGGGAGCAACUUUGGCGGUUUCACCUCUCCUACUCUAACAAAUGCGCGGUCCGUUACUCCCAAGUUUGUCUCACCGCCGCCAUCAGCCGCACUGGGCGAUUUAUUCGACUUCUCAACUUCGUCUCCUCCUCGCGCUGCAGCAGCCCCACGGCCAGUCGUGGCACCAGCAGCGACGACAAUGACACCCUCCGUGUUUAAUCUUUCGACGGCGCAGCGCAAAUCUCCUCCUGCCCCAGCGGCUCCGGCGAACCCGCUUGGGUCACUGAGUUCCGCUGGUUCGAACAACCUGUCGAAUUCUGACAUAUGGGGCUCAAAUGCGUGGUCAGCCCCUGAAGCGCCCAAAAAGAGCCCGGAGGUGCCCAAGACGACUACAGCUCCAGCAAAUGAUUUUGGGUGGGGCAGCAGUACUGGAUCCUUUGCUAGCCAGCCUAUUGUACCCGGCGCCGCUGGGGGCUUUGCGCCCGCCCCCAAGGUUGCUGCGGACGAAGAAUUUGGAGGGUGGACGAGCAGCGCACCGGUAGCUGCUAAUCCCGCCGGCGCGCCCAAGCCCACAACGGGCUUUGGAGCCGCGAGCGAGGAUCUAUUCUCGAAUGUUUGGGAAUAAAAGGCGGAACUCCUCUCUCCAAAGGCGAAUGUCCCGCGUGGGUCGGGACGGCAGCAUAAAUAACAGUGCCGGGAUAAGUAUGGAAAGUCGGAAUAUAUCUGACAAUGACUUUAAAAACACAGGAUUACGAAUUGCGCGUAGCAUAGAGAGACCCUUUUAAAAAAAAUGAAGGACAGUUAAGAAGUGCUUCACAUGGCCCAAUUUUGUACCGGGGAGAUAUCAUGAGACCAUUGAGAGGGACGGAAAUAGCAUGGACACCCAU